GUCGCGCCCAGCCCGGCCAUGGCCGCCCGCGGGGGCCCAGCGGCCCAACGGGCACUCGCAGCCAGUAAGAUCUGCCAGUUCAAACUGGUGCUGCUGGGAGAGUCGGCCGUGGGCAAGUCCAGCCUGGUGCUGCGCUUCGUCAAGGGCCAGUUCCACGAGUACCAGGAGAGCACCAUCGGCGCGGCGUUCCUGACGCAGUCCGUGUGCCUGGACGACACCACGGUGAAGUUUGAGAUCUGGGACACGGCGGGGCAGGAGCGCUACCACAGCCUGGCCCCCAUGUACUACCGGGGGGCCCAGGCUGCCAUCGUGGUCUACGACAUCACCAACCAGGAGACGUUUGCCCGUGCCCGGGGCUGGGUGAAGGAGCUGCAGCGCCAGGCCAGCCCCAGCAUCGUCAUCGCCCUGGCCGGCAACAAGGCUGACCUGGCCAGCAAGAGGAUGGUGGAGUACGAGGAGGCCCAGGCCUACGCUGACGACAACAGCCUGCUGUUCAUGGAGACCUCGGCCAAGACAGCCAUGAACGUCAACGACCUCUUCCUGGCCAUCGCCAAGAAGCUGCCAAAGACGGAGCCGCAGAGCUCGAGCGGGGCCGGGGGCCGGGGCCGGGGCGUGGACCUGAGCGAGCAGAGCCCGCAGGGCCGCGGGCAGUGCUGCAGCAACUGAGGGAUCUGCUGGGAUCCACUGGGAUCUGCUGGGAUCCACUGGGAUCUGCUGGGAUCCACUGGGAUCAGAGCACAGCCAGGAUCCACCGGGACUGAACCCAGACCCAGCCCGCAGAGCCACGGGCAGUGCUGCAGCAACUGAGGGAUCCACGGGAUCCACUGGGAUCUGCUGGGAUCCACUGGGAUCCACUGGGUUCAGAGCACAGCCAGGAUCCACCGGGACUGAACCCAGACCCAGCCCACAGAGCCACAGGUAGUGCUGCAGCAACUGAGGGAUCUGCUGGGAUCCACUGGGAUCCACUGGGUUCAGAGCACAGACAGGAUCCACUGGGACUGAACCCAGACCCAGCCCACAGAGCCACGGGCAGUGCUGCAGCAACUGAGGGAUCUACUGGGAUCUGCUGGGAUCUACUGGGCUCCAGCCCAACUCCAGCCAGGACCCACCGGGACUGAACCCUGAUCCAACCCGCAGUGGGCUGGGGCCGCGGCAACUGAGGAACCCCAUGGGAUCCACUGGGAUCAUAGCCAGGAUCCAGCCCAAAUCCAGCCAGGGUCUAGCCCAGAUCCAGCCCAGAUCCAGCUGGGAUCACAGCCAAGCUCAAGCCCAGAUCCAGCCUGGAUCAAGGCAGGAUCCAGCCCAAAUCCAGCCCGGAUCCAGUCGGGAUCACAGCCGGGAUCCACCGGGAUUGAACCCAGAUCCAGCCCGCAGGGUCGUGGCCAGCGCUGGAGCAGCUGAGGGAUCCAGCAGGACCCAGCCAGAUUCCAGUGAGGAUCCCAGCCCAGAUUCCAGCCCCAUUCCCAGCCAGGAUCCCACCAGAUCCCACCAGAUCCCGGCUCCAUCCCCGCCCUGGGACUCUGCCCGAGCUCUCUCCCAGCACCUUUUGAAGCUUCCAAGGCUCCGCCUCGGCUCCAGAUCCCUCCUGGACCCACCAGAUCCCUCCUGGAUCCUCCAAAUCAUUCGUGGCUCCACCAGGCCUCGCUUGGAUCUACCAGAUCCCACCUGGAUCUUCCAGAUUUCACACGGAUUCUUCAGCCCCCUCCUGGAUCCCCCAGAUCUCACACAGAUCCUCCACACUCUGCUGGGAUCCCCUGGAUCCCUCCUGCCUCCACCAGAUCCCUCCUGGAUCCCCCAGAUCUCGCACAGAUCCUCCAGGCUCCUCCUGGCUCCACCAGAUCCCUUUUGGAUUCGCCAGAUCUCGCACGGAUCCCCUCCGGCCCCAGCAGACCCCGCAGACGCCCGCUGGAUCCGCCGGAUCCCGGCGCCAGAUCCCCGAUCCCUCUCCGGCGGCAGCGGGGCCCGGCCGGGACUGGACUCGCGGGGAGCCCCGGACUGCCCGGCCGGCCCCGCGGGGCCUCGGACGCUCGGAUCCCCCCUGGAUCCCCCCUGGAUCCCCCCGGAUCCCCCCAGAUCCCCCCGGAUCCCCCCUGGCUCCACCAGGCCCCGCCUGGAUCUACCAGAUCCCACCUGGACCUUCCAGACUUCACACGGAUUCUUCAGCCCCGUCCUGGAUCCCCUCGGAUCCCUCCUGGAUCCCCCCAGAUCCCUCCUGGAUCCCGGGAUCUGGGGGUCCCGCAGCCCCCGGGCCCGGCGGGGUUUGGGGCGUUCCCCGCGGGACAGGAGCUGCGGUGGCACCGUGGCCUCGCCUGGGGACACUGAGGGGACACCUGGGGACACCUGGGGACACUGAGGGGACACCUGAGGGGACACCUGGGGACACUGAGGGGACACCUGGGGACACCUGGGGACACCUGGGGACACUGAGGGGACACCUGGGGUCACCUGGGGACACUGAGGGGACACCUGGGGUCACCUGAGGGGACCCUGCCGUGGGAGCUGGGCUGGCCCUGCGGGUGAUGUCACCUGAGUGACCUCGGCCAGGGUCACCUCACAGGGACGUCCCCGUGGUCAUCCUGGCCGUGGUCACUUGGUCACUCCACAGGGAUCUCCUCGGGGUCAUCCUUGCUGUGGGUCACCCCCAGGUGACAUCCCCUGGUGGUCCCAAUGGUGGCCACGAUGUGCCCCUGCUGGUUCUGGCCCCCAGUGACGUCCCCAGGUGACCCCAGCCAUGGUGGCCCUCCAGGUGACGUCCCCCAGGUGGUCCCAAUGUUGGCCACGAUGUCCCCAGGUGGUCCCAAUGUUGGCCACGAUGUCCCCAGGUGGUCCCAAUGGUGGCCACGAUGUCCCCAGGUGGUCCCAAUGGUGGCCACGAUGUCCCCAGGUGGUCCCAAUGUUGGCCACGAUGUCCCCAGGUGGUCCCAAUGGUGGCCACGAUGUCCCCAGGUGGUCCCAAUGUUGGCCACGAUGUCCCCAGAUGGUCCCAGUGGUGGCCACGAUGUCCCCAGGGUGGUCCCAGCCAUGGCCACCCCUCAGGUGCCACCCCCAGUGUCCCCAGUUUGUCCCUGUCCCACUUUGCACUUUAUGGUCAGACGUCCCCUGGGUGCUGUCCCCGUGUCCCCGGGGGUGGCAGCGAGGUGACAGCAGUGCCACCCCCCUGCCCUUCGUCCUUGUCCCUUCUGGGCCCUCGGUGUCCCCACCCUGUCCAGGGGACGCCCGGGGUGGGGACACCCCAAAAUUUGGGACACCCUGACGUAGUGGCACCUCAAAAUUUGGGACACCCCAAAACGGUGACACCCUGAAUUUGGGACACCCCGAGGUGGUGGCACUUCAAAAUUUGGGACACCCCGACUUGGGGACACUCCAAAAUUUGGGACACCCCGAGGUGGUGACACCCCAAAAUUUGGGACACCCCGACUUGGGGACAUCAGAAUUGUCCCCCCCAGGCGUGGGGGGUGGCGCCUGUGGGGUGGAGGGACCCGGUCCCGUAUGAAGCCCCUGGGGACACCUCGGGGACACCUCGGGGACAUUCCCGGUGCUCCGGAGCCUCUGGAAUUGGUGACAUCGAUGUCCCCAGGGUGGUGACAGAGCCCGCAGGGUCCUUGCCCCGUCCCCACCCUCGGGGACACCUCGAGGACACCUUGGGGACAUUCCCAGGGACACUCCCAGGGACACUCCCAGGGCCACCUCGGGGACACUGGGGACACCUCGGGGACACUCCCAGGGACACUCCCGGGGACACCCUGGGGACACCUCAGGGCCUUUCCAGGGGACACUUCCAGGGAGACUCCUGGGGACACCUUGGGGACAUCUCGGAGCCUUUCCCAGGGACAUCUCGGGGACACUCCCGGGGCCACCUUGGGGACACUCUGGGGACACUCUGGGGACACUCCCGGGGCCUCUGGAAUUGGUGACAUCGAUGUCCCCAAAGCGGUGACAGAGCCCGCAGGGUCCUGGCUGUGUCCCCACCCUCGGGGCCACCUCGGGGCCACUCCCGCUGCUCCAGAGCCUCUGGAAUUGGGGACAUCGAUGUCCCCAAAGCGGUGGCCAUGUCCCAGCCCUGGACACCGCAGCUCCUGCCACUCUUUUUUUGUUUUUUUUUUCCUUUUUUGUUCCUUUUUCUUUCUUUCUUUUUUUUUUUUUCUUUCUUUUUUCCAAUUUUUCGGCUUUUUUUCCCCUCGGAUUUGAUUUUCCUCCCGUUCCGGUUUUUCCCUGCCUUUGGGAAGCUCCUCCCUCGCGGUGAAAUAACAAUCGUGGUAACACAGGCUCGGGUCGCUGAUUCAGCCGCGUAUUUAAUGUAAAGUAAAAAAAAAAAAACAAAAA